AUGGAUAAAUUGAAGAGAGCAGGUUAUUUAUUAGGCGUCAUCAAGAAGCUGCCACAGUAUUACACUUGCUCUUCAUUUCGCACUUUGUUCACCAGCUCAAUUAAAGUCUCAUCUGCAAUGAGCGCCGAAAAGAGAGAACUAGAAUCAAGUGAGAAUGAUGCUGAAUCAACUUCUUUAUUGGAUCAAAAAAGCAAACGGUUGAAACGAAACAAUCAGUUUGUAGAAACUCCACUCGACGUCUCUGAUUACUACAUUGAAAAUGGACUCCGCAAAGUUUAUCCUUACGAAUUCACCUUUCAAUCAUACUGCAAAGGGCGCUGGGUCGGCCGAAAAUUAAGCGAGCUUUUUGAACAAGAGUUCCGAGCUGUGACAGAAGAUAUUAUGAAAAAGCGAUGUCAAACUGGCUUGCUAAAAGUAAACGGUCAAAUGGUGGAGCCAGAUUACAUUUUGAAAGACAACGACUUUAUAACCAAUCGCAUUCAUCGCCACGAGUUUCCCGUGUUAGCUGCCCCUAUUCCAAUCAUCCACAAAGACAAGGACUUUUUGGUGAUCGACAAACCACCAUCUCUACCGAUUCAUCCUUGUGGAAAAUAUCGCCUAAAUGCUAUAACAUCUUUACUUGAAAAAGAAAACGGCAUUAAAGAUAUUCACGUUAUCCAUCGUCUAGACCGACUUACUUCGGGAGUUCUCAUCAUGGCACUCAGUAAAGCUAAAGCUCAAAAGCUUCACCAGGAAAUGAGGAAUCGAGAAAUGCACAAGGAGUACGUUUGCAGAGUAGAAGGAAAAUUUCCAGAUGGAGUCACUGAAGUGGACCAGCCAAUUGAAACGAUUGCACAUAAGAUUGGCAUUUGCAUUGUCAGUCCAACAGGAAAGCCAAGCAAAACCUUCUUUGAACGACUCAAUUACAAUGGCAAGAGCUCUACGGUUCUUUGCAAGCCAAUGACUGGUCGAAUGCAUCAAAUUCGAGUGCAUCUACAGUAUAUAGGCUAUCCCAUUAUGAAUGACAACUUUUACAACAGUCCUUCUUUUGGGCCAAACAAGGGCAAAGGGGGCGACUUUGGCAAGUCCAUUGAAGAGCUCAUAGCAGCCAUUGGUGAUGAACAUUUACGAUCAAAACACCUUCUGUCAAAUGAAAAGGACACCACUGCGAUUGAAGAUUCACGUGUGGCCGAACGAAACGACUUGGCGCUGAAAGCAAUGGAACACUACACUUCGCAGGAGAGUUGGCAAGAAACGAAAAAGCGCUAUAAACAUGAUCCCGCCAAAGACAGUACUCAGGCAGACUGUACUGAAUGCAAGGAGCCAACUUGUGAUCCAAUGCCUUGCGAGCAGUUUAUCUACUUGCAUGCUCUGCGGUACAAGUCUACCGAAUGGUCAUUUGAGACCCAGCCUGGAAUAAUCAAUUUACAUCUUGAGAUGUACGAGCAUCGACUUUGUGGCAAUGUAGGAGAUGAAGACAGUAAGGAAGAGGAAGCCAAUGUUGAGAAUAGAAAAGUUGAAAAGGCGGCAAAAGAUGAGUAA